ACACACACACACACACACACACACACACACACACACACACACUGGGAGCUUUAUGAACUGUGGGGCAUGUGUUAGUGGACACACCUCAGAAUAUGUGUGUGUGUGUGUGUGUGUGUGUGUGUGUGUGUGUGUGUGUGUGUGUGUGUGUGUGUGUGUUAGACAGAGGCAUGUAGAGACACGGCUAAGGUGUGGCAGCUUCACUCUUAAGUGACUUCAUGUGACGGAGCAAAAACUCUUUCUGCAGUCAAUGUGUGUGUAUGUGCGUGUGUGUGUGUCAGUGCUUUUCUAGCAGGACAGAGUUUCCGGUCAGGGUUAGUCUGAGCUCUGAGAUAACACUACAGGACAGAAGAAGUCCAGGUGAGGUUCAGGUGUAGUUCAGGGGACGUUUCUCCGUCUCUCCACUGGUGUGUUUUGGCGCGUGCUCAUGAGGCUGGAGGAAGUUACCGAACGGACCUGAAGACAGAUUCCCACCUGAGGAACAACAGGUAAACUCAGCUUAAAAGUAACACGUACACCUCAAGAAGUUAAACUAUGUAGUUUAUUAACAGUUUAAGUGUAGUUGAAGUUAAACACUGUAGUUUGUUGACAGUUUAAUUGUAGUGACUGGCAUUUAUUUGUUCAUGAACUAAGCGUUUGUUGGCAGGUUUGAUGAAAGCUCUGCUGAACCUCAGAGCUGAUCUCUUAGUGGGGUCAUGGAAAAGUGAAAUUCAUAGAAAUCAGUCAUCAAACCUAAGUGACUGACAGUCAAAGUUAUAGAACAUCUCUGUAGAAAUUUGUUUGGACUGCCUUAUAGAAGGAAAUUUGUCAUUUUUAGAUCAAAGUUGUUCAUUUCAGAUUAUUCCGGUCAACUUAAAGACUUUGUAGGAAGAUUACUUUUUAUACUCUACUUUCUCAUAAAUGUAGGACUUUUUCAGAUAAACUUGAAACUUUUUCCUUUCUUCAAAGUCCUCCAAACACUUGAGUUUAGUUUGAUAUGAAUUUUUUUUAGAAGAUGAGGAAGAAAUCUGACCUCUGUGUUUUUGUUUUAUUCACUGUUAUGUAGAUUCAGAGUUUAAUCUCGCAGUUUAAGAGUGAGAAAAACGAGUGUGUAUUAACAGCUGCAGAAGACAAAAGUUGAUAUCAGGGUUUUAUAGAGCAAACACUUGCAGCAGGUGCUUCAUCCAAACACUUCAACAGAGUGUCUUCCCUCUGACUGUAUAAAUAGGACAGCCCAUUACAUGAAGGUUUUUAUUCUUGAAUGCAGCUAAAACUGGAUGUUAUAAUGAUGGAAACAUGAACACAAUUGAGAAAGUGUAAGCCAAGUUUAAAUCAUACAGUCACAGUCAGCUGAAGGUUCAAAUUACUGGAUGUUUAUUAUGUUUUUAAAUCAAACAUGUUUCUUCAUGUUUAUUUAACUGAACCUGUCAAUGAACCAGCUAAACCAGCUGCAGGUUGUUCCUGUGGUUAAAGGAGCUAGUUAGCAGGUUAGUAAGUAUGUAGUGUGCUGUUGGCACAUGCUGUUUGUGGUAACCCAAGAAUUAGACUCCAGAUGAGUUAGUCCAAACCUUCUUACCUGUCCUUAACUCCUUAUUUGUCUUAAGAAGGAGGGGAAACUCUGAGUCAGGAAGGCUGAAUGUGAGGCUGGUUAAUGAUUGAACAUGACCAUGUGAGUUUGUGAGAGACUGUGUGCAUGAAUAAAUAGAGGUCAAAGGGUAUGACUAAGUUUAACUUUAUAGUUUCUUUCCCUGUGGGCGCUGAACUGUUCAAAGGAGCAGAGUUCCUGAUCUGACAGGCCAAACUUAACUCUCAUUAUACCAUCUGAUAAUCCUCUUUGAAUCUGAAAAACCCUCUUUACAGUUUACUCCGAUUUUCAUCUGUCUCUUCCUCUUUCUCAAAACAAGCUAGUAGUCCCUCUGCUCUUUAAAGAGGAGGGUGCAGUAUCCAUGAUCCAUGGUCCAGAGAAGUCACUGGUGUUUCUAGAUUCUAGGUUUGAAUAACCUGUUUUUUUUUUUACUUGUCUCUGACCUUCCAUUGUCCUUUUGUCUUUCCUGCAGGAUUUUAAUAGCUUCCUUCCCCUUUUCUUGCUCCUUUUCUUCCUCCUCCUCCUCCUCUAUCUCCUCAUUACCCUCUUCCCCCUCAGCAGCACCAUGCGGAGGUUCAGCUCUGAGGGGUCCCUCCUGGAUCUGGACUUCUUUCCGUGGAGGAAGGGGGGUCUAAAGGAUAAGGAUCAUGAGAGGAGUCGGGACACUCCUCACCUGGAGGAAGACGAGCUGGAUGGAGGCCUGAGUAGCACGACCCCCACUAUGUUGGAGCCCAAAGCGGGUGGAGGCGAGGGGGCGAAAAAGGAGCUGACCAAGGAACUGAGUGUAAGCGUGGAAGAUCUGACCGCACUCCAUAAACUGGAUAAGAACCACCUGAGGGUGAGCUGGUUCAGUGAGGGCUUCAGGGCGUACAGUGAUGGACAGCUGGCCCCCGACCCCAAGGGCAGCAUGGAGAACAUCAGGAGGGACGACCUGCCUCCAACCUCACCCACCUCCUCCACCUCUCACCCCUUUAAGUCCCAGCAGAGACACCACCACACCAAACUAUCCGCUGCCAAACUCCACCUGAAGAGUCUGUUUGGACAGGUGAGACCCUGAGACAUGGUCAGGUCCUCUCAUAGUCACAGAGGCUGAACUGAGAGUUUGUCACAUCUGAACUGUUUAAAGUCAAACUAACCAGGAACACAAACAGGAACAGUUACUGACUCACUCUGAUCCACUGAGGAUUAUGUCACUGACAUUACAGAGAGUUCACCUGCUGCAGGAGAAAGAAACUGGAUUUCCUACUCUAAGUUUAUCUUCAUUCAUUUAAAGAGAGAAAGACAGCUCUGGGGAGAAGUUUGAACAAACUGCAGCUUCAGUUUAAUAUCUCAGAGGGCCUCCUCAGGGUGAAUUAUGAAAUUACUUCUUUAAAAAAAACAGUCACACUGAACUGUUGACAUCCAUAACAUACUCAUACAUGAUGCAGACAGACUUGAUGAAGAUACCGUCAGCCCAUCUCCAUGACGACAGAGAUGAUUGACAGAUCUGUAGUAGUUGUCCUGGUCAAACUGCGGACAGUGUUUUACAUCUCGGUGUUCGUCUGAUAUCACACUAAGGCCUCUCUGUGUCUAACCUUUGAACUAGACCCCAGUGAUCUUUAGUGACCUUCAGUGACCUCCUUUUCUGUUUUAGAGUCCUCAUUCUUCAAACUCCAACCUAACCAAUCCAGAGCCCAAAGACAGGUGAGAACCACACUGAGCUGAUGGAGUGACUUCUGUUUCUGAGUGUGAGAUAGAUGACUGUGGGGUGAAUGAGUGACUGUGGCAUUGAAGAGUUGUGAUCGGUCAGAGGACUACAGCGAUAGAAACUGAGUCCAUUUGACAUUUGUCCAUGUGUAUUUUUGACCUCAUGCAUCAUGUCUAAGAACCUUUUCACCCUGUUGUAAAUGUCUCCAUUCUCAUGUAUCCUUAGGUUCACUUCUGUGUCUGAUAAUGUCUUUAUAUUUGUGUUACAAGGAGGACCUCAAGCGGUCUGACUCAAAAGUGUCUCUGUGUCAUCAUGUCUCCAUGUUAUCCUUUACUUGUGUUUUCUUGUCUCCGUGUCUUGUCCCGGUUCUUACUUCUGCUGUGUCCCCAGUCCUGUGGAGCGGAGAUCCCGGCUGCACUUCAUGCGUCAGUGGAGUCAGGUGGGACACAAUAAGAAGAGGAAGAUCAGCAAGGAAGAGCUGGAGAAGUGGGCGGAGUCUCUGAACGCCCUGCUGGCCAGUCAGAGUGAGUCUGAGUUUGGGUGUUUAUUGAGACUGUGUGAGGGGUUCUUUGGAGUUUUUUAUAAGAAACCUUAAAUCUUUGCUCAGUGGUUAGACUCCGCCCACAGCUUAGGGACAGACAGCAGACAGGUGGAGUUGAAAUCCAAUCAGACGGUCCUCUGUCUUCAGAUCUUCCUGUCAGCUGGUGAUUGAUCAGGACUGAGAGUUUUUUGACAGACACAGACAGAGGAAUGCGGACAGUUAAAAAUAGAUCAACAGACGAAAGACUCACUUAACAUACGUGGCAGGUGUCCUGACAAUGUGGGAAACAGGAAGUGAGGGCAGAAAUCAUAAAUGUCCAUCUUCUCGAAAGAGAAGUGAGCACCGCUGAGUGAGACAGAGACCUCUGAGACUGUGCGUAUAUGUGUGUGUGUGUGUGUGUCUAUCUGAACUUACUGUGAGAUGACAGUCUGUAACCAGACGUCACAGCUCCUGUGUGCUGAGCAAUAAAGAGAAUGCGAGUGAUGCUAUUUACAGAACAAACAUAAUUACACACAAACGAUUAGUAUUAAAUCACAGUUUGUUUUCAGUCUUUACAGAUUCAACAGUUUUACAAUUUAAUCUCCUGCUGGUCUGCACCUGCUGUUUGAGUGUAUGUGUGAUGUGAGAGUGUUGUCUCGAUCAAACUCUUUAAAAUCCAUACAAUGAAGUUCAGGAUGUUUGUCGUACCACACACAGACCCCGGUGGUCAUUAGAUGAAUUGCAGUCAGUGUUCUGAUCCAAAUACAACACUAGACUGCGUGUACCUAAGUGUUCCCCCUUAUAUUCACAGAUGUUCAGUUAAUAUUUAUUAUAUAUAAUUAUUUUUAUUUUAUUGAGUGAAUAUGAAAACUAAUUAGAUAAUAAUGAAUAUUAUCAUUACUAUUGUUGUUGUUUUCAUUAACUUUUUUGUAUUGUACACAGCUCUGAGACUUUGGAUUCUGUGGGGGUUUUAACCUCCAUGUCGAUAAAAAAAAAAUCUUCCUUCUGUGUAGCCGGGGUUCAGGUGUUCGGGGCGUUCCUGCGGUCAGAGUUCAGCGAAGAGAACCUGCAGUUCUACCUCGCCUGUGAGCAGUACAAACAAUCCUCUAACAACUUCAGUCUGCAGAGGAGAGCCCGAGACAUCAGCAACACCUACAUCCAACCAGGAUCUCCCAGAGAGGUAAUUACACACCUUCACCUGUCACAUGAGAAAGACUUGGCAACAUUAAUUAUAAGACUUUAAAGGGAUAAUCAGGGUUUUAGCUGAUGGUCUCUCCUGUUUCUGUCGGACGUCAUUGGUUAAAAACUGGACAUUUUGAUAUCAGCUAAAAUCUCCUCACAGGAAAGUGGCCUGAUUUAUUUUGGCCAGCCUUUGUGUUUCUGUGAGAGUGUGAGCAGGAAGUGAUGACUGUUGAAACUAUGGGUCAGGGAAGCAUCAAAGUUAGCUUUGUUUAAGAGUUUAACCAAAGAGGAGGAUUAGCCAAUGAAUGAAGACUUUGUUACACAUCUUUAUCAUGAGAGCAGUGGUUCUCAAGUCCAGUCCUCGACUGUCGACCCCCACUAUGUUGCCGACUGUCCUGCAUGUUUUGGAUGUUUCCCUGCUCCAACACACCUGAUUCAAAUGAUUACCUCGUUAUUAAACCAUUACAGAGCUUGAUAACGAGCUGAUCAUUUGAAUCAGGUGUGUUGGAGCAGGGGAACAUCCAAAACAUGCAGGACAGGGGGGCUCGAGGACUGGACUUGAGAACCACCGAUGUAGAGUCACCUGUCUCAUGAAAAACGUACUAUUAUUUCCAUGUGCCUUUGUCUCAGGUCAACCUGGAUGGUAAGACUCGAGAUCUGACCCUCACUCUGCUGCAGGCCCCGUCCCACAACUCUCUAAACCACGCACAAACGCGCAUCUACUCCCUGCUAGACACAGACUGCUACCCUCGCUUCCUCCAGUCACAUCUCUACAUGACCCUGCUGAACCAGGAGGACUAGAGACUCCUCUGUCCCUGCUGCACCAGAGACACAUAUGCCCUCACUGCACCAGAGGGACUAGAGGCUCACCAGUCCCUGCUGCACCAGGAGGACUAGAGACACAGCUGCCCUCACUGCACCAGGAGGACUAGAGACACACCUGUCUCCACUGCACCAGGAAGACUAGGGACUCACCUGCCCCUGCUGCACCAGGAGGAUUAGAGACAGAGAGAAUCAGCUGAUGAGCAGAUCAUCAGGUCAAAAGCAGAUUCUGUUGCGUUUGUUUAGUCAGUUUGAGCUUUGAUCACCUAAGACUCUUGAGUUUCUGACUCAGGUUUACUCCUGUCUGUGAGAAACUGCAUUUCUGCCCCAGCCCCACCCAAAUAACACGUUAACACUCUGAUGAUCCUGCUCUGAGUUUUCCUGCUGACACGUGGAGAAAAUGGGUUGAUCCAGUAGGAUCUGGACCUGAAAGGUCAAAGUUCAGCAUGAGGAAAAGUUCAGGGUCCUCUGAAACUCUGAUCCAAGGUGUGUUUAAACCGUCUGUCAGAGUGAUGAUCCUGAUAAAACAGCUGAUCUAAGGUGGAGUGUAUGAGCAAGAGUUUGUGUAUGUGUUAGUGAAAGUGUGUGUGUGUGUGUGUGUGUGUUUGUGAAGGUGAGUGUGUGUAAAUUUGGGGAUGGGGAGAUGUUUAAAAAGAAACAAUAAACUGUGUUGUGUGUACUGUCAGAGUCUAAUUAGUGUGUCUGAGAAGGUGAUUAGAUGUUUAUCUUCAGGGUGGACACACCAUAGACUGUAUAUACUUUUAUAUACAAUCUAUGGGACACACCUGCUCUUGUAAAGGAUUCUGGGAAACUGAGGCAGGGGAGGAGUCUGAAAAGAGAAUUUGAGAAACAAUAAAGCCUGUUUUGAAAAAA